UGUGUGGGAGGCACUCAUCACAAUUAAUUUCAUUAUACAUUUUGGGUUUCAAAACGUCUUAGCUAUGUGUGUGGGUCACUCAGCAGAAAUAUUUCAUGUUGUAUCAUUUUUUGACAUGUUUCAGGUUUAAUUGGUUUCAGGUCUAAAAAGUCAUCAUUGCAUUGCAUUGCAGUUAUCAAAACAUUAAUGGGAACUUUAGAUAAGUCUAUUGCAUGAGUUACCGUUUUGGGUGUCUUUCAAUUUUUGUCUCUUUAAAACAGUUAAGCUUUUCUGAAUGUUUGCUUCUUGGUUCAGGUGAUGGUGCAGUCCCUGCUGGUUCCUCCACUCCUCAAAGAGGCUCAACAGCUACUGGAUCCUCCAGCUCAACAGGAAUGACACCGCUGAGGACACCAGUGAGAGGGAAAAUGCCUCCACCGUCAAGCAUAGCUCCAACAUUUGUCACUCCAGCCAGGCAAAAAGUAAUGGCAAAUUGGCAGCCUCCACCGACUCCUAGCACUCCACAGUCCAAAACCAAUACGCCCACCUUUACUCUGGCACAAGUGAAGGAUUUGGCUCAGUCAAAGAAGCUUGGAUCUUUAACAAUUCCCCAGCUCAAGCAAUUUUUGAAAGACCAGAACAAGCGGGUAGGGGGCAACAAACCAGAAUUGAUUAAACGAAUAGAGACUGAAGUCUUCAAUGUUUAAUUUAUAUAUUUGUUUUCAAUUUGUUAAAAUCUGCCUUGAUUUGGUUUGAUUUAUGUUAUUUUUCAUAUUUUGUUCUCAAGUUUAUUUCGUGUUAUUUUUUUCUAAGUUUACUUUUGUUUUUGUUAUUUGACUUAUGCCAUUAUGGCUAGUUUUCUAUGUUCAUUACUUUAUGGCAUGAACAACUUAGUUGACUCUUGUUGCUGUUUGUAUUGCACCUUUAUGAAGUUUUCAUUUUUGUGACGAGUUAUGAUUUUUGUUGACAAUACUGUAAUGUCACUUAUUCAUAUAAAGUGAGCUCAGUAAUUUUGAAUUAAUUUCACUAUGCUAGUUUGUGAUUUGGUU